UGUUUACGAUGUUCGCGUUCAACACCCCACGAUUUUUCUGCGUACAUAUAUGACUUUGCAGUAUAAUCUGUUUUUUUAAUAAAAACUUCGACUUGAGCUUAUUUUUUUAAUUAAAUUAUUGAGAAGAUUAAUAAUUUUCUGUCCAGGUACUCAUUUGAUUCCUGAAGAUACGUCUAACUGUAUUUUUCAGUCAGACUCGAAUGAUUGUUGAAGUGUUCCCUACUAAAACGUUUUUGUGGCCGACUUUAAGAAUUUGACACAAGACUUUGUAAAUCAGCAAUCAUGGCAAACAGACACGAUAAAAAGCGCCAGUUGGACGAUGAGAUGAGCAGACAUGAUGAAUGAUGGACCACCGAUGAAUCACAUGAUGGGUGGUGGUGGAGGCCCUCCGGGAUUCAUGAGACCACCAAGGCCUCCAGGGCACAUGGGCCCACCAUCUGGACCUCCUGGGCCUCCUGGACCUCCAGGAUAUGGUGGUCCACAUGGGCCACCCCAGGGUAUGCCAGGACCACACAUGCCACCUGGUCAAGGUCCCCUUGGUGGUCCACCAGGUUUUGGACCAGGAGGACCUAAUCAAGGUCCUCCACAUGGGCAGCCUCGACCCCACAUGCCUCCUGGCCCUCCUGGAAUGCACAGGGGACCUCACCCUCCUCCACCACCCCCCCCAUCCGUAAUAACAGGUCAGCCUCAGAUGGGAUCAACUGUUGCAGCAUCACCAUUUGUACCUGCUGUAAUCAGCAAACCUCCAGCAGUUAUUAGCUCAGCCCCCAAAAUCUAUACAGCUCAGCCAACAAAACAAGAUGCAACUAAACAAGAGUCACCCUCUUCACCAGCAAACAGUAACACUACAAUUUCACCAGAAAGUACUAGUAUGGAGCCAAAGAAAAAGAAAAUGAAAGGGGAACCUACGCCAUCACAAAACUCACAGCUUAUGACACAUGCACAAGAAAUGGCAGAGAAGGUUCGAGCUAGUAUAGUUACAAUCACGUCUCGACCUGAUGGGGCACCACCUGCAACAGAGGAGAAGAAAAAGGAAGGAAAGAAUAGGAAAAACAAGAUCCUUCGUUGUGGAGGGGGACAGAUAUGGGAAGAUAUGUCUUUGGGAGAGUGGGAUAAUGAUGACUUCAGAAUAUUUUGUGGAGACCUUGGCAAUGAUGUCACUGAUGAGUUGCUUACUCGAUACUUCAGUCAUUUUUCAUCUUUCGUAAAAGCAAAAGUAGUUCGUGAUAAGAGGACAAACAAAAGUAAAGGAUACGGUUUCAUCAGCUUCUCUGAUCCACAAGACUAUAUACGUGCAAUGAAGGAAAUGAAUGGGAAAUAUGUUGGUUCCCGGCCAAUAAAAUUACGAAAGAGCACUUGGAAGGACCGAAACUUAGAUGUCGUUCAUAAGAAGCAGAAAGAGAAACAGUUAUUAGGGCUGAAAUAGUGUAAAUAAUAUGGUUGAUAGAUUGGUGUUUACAAGUAUUUAUGACAGUUCUGCGGAGAUAUUUUUUAUAUUUUCAUAGACAUUUUUGAGUUUUGUUGUUACAGUGAACAUAGGAAGACAUUGGGAAUUAUCUCAGUAGAUAAGAACUACAAUUCCUAUAGUCAUGUAUCCUUUUUGGUUCCCAUUUACUAUAUGUGUCAUAUCAUGAUUCAUGACCUUCUCUAUCCUGCUUUAAGGCUCUUAAUAUUUCAAAUUUUUUUCCUUUUGUGUUCUCACAAUGUGUAAACCCCAUAUUUUACUCAAGCUUGAUGCUAGUAGAGCAGUGUAAAAACAUCAAGUUAGUCUCUCCUGUGAAUAUCUUUCUACUAGAGGAAAUCCAUUUUCUUUCUCACAAAAAGUAUUUGGCAUUCAACUUUUGUAUGAUUUGAUUGUGUUUUAGAUACACAAUUAUACCUCAUCAUUUGAUUUUCUUCAUUUCUUAGAAAGAACACUGCAGCAACUGUUAUGCCAAGAUCAUUUUGAUUUAAGGGAACCUGGAGCAUAUGUCCUUUUUUUUUGGGGGGGGGGGGGGGGGGCACCACAGCACAAGUACAAGUUACUGGGCAAGAGGAAUUUGGUGGGAUUCUGGGGAGCACAGAUAAAUGGACUAGCCAGGAAUAUGUUUCAGGCUCUCCUGAAAGUAAGAAUGACCAUUGCUGAGAAGCAUUCAGUUUUAUCCAUACAUAGCACAUAAUGUGGUCCAAACUUCAAUGGACUGCCUAUACCAGUUGCUAUUUCUUGUCUCUGUUAUUGUAAGUAGCCCCUGUAUUUUAAUUUGAGGGUAAGUGGAAAAGUUCAGAGAUCAUCAGAUUACUUUGUACUGUCAUGGCAGUAACUGACAAGUAAUAAAGGUCCCAGAACACAACUCUAUGGAAGACCAAACAGUAUAUGUCUUUGUCCACUAAAACACCAAAUACCAAUUUGAUGCAUUAAGAGCAUGAAUCUUAUAAAUUUAAGUUGCAAAUGAUGUAAAUAUAAUCCAUGAAAAAACUGCUAUCCCUGGAUUGGCCAUUUAGUGAAGCAGCAAUUAAGAGGAGGAUGAGAGAGAGAAAAAAAAAAGGGUACUGUAUGUGGUAAUAAGAGAAUUAUUUUUACCAUGAUAUUGCUAUUCAUCUUCACAUAGUGCACUCUUUUGGUCAAUAUUAUAACUAGCAAACUAGUUUGCUAGUUAUUUUGAUGUGUGAGAUUAGUGCUGUCAGUGCUAUUGAUUUGGAUUUUCUCAAGUUUUCUAGUUACAUGUUUCCCCAGGCAGAGCAAGCAUGUAUUAAUUACAUUUAAUAUUAGGUGAUAUCAAAUAGGUUGCCUUGCACCUACAUUCUCCAUAGAUGGUAUUAGAGAAGAAAUUAUUGACCAAAGUAAAAAAACUAAUAUAAUAUUUAUUUGUAGACAUAUCCAAAGUUCCAAGUCUGAAAACAAAAUUCCAGUAUUUGCUACUUUAGAGUGAAAGUUUCAUGGAAAAAUGGCUUAGCUGCACAUGAUUGCAAAUAUUUUCAUAAAAUAAUGGUAGGAAAUGGAGUCUAAUUGGUGCGGAGACCCAAUAGGUACCUUAGAAUUAUAGACUACAUGUUUGAGACUAUGUGAGAGUUCCUGCAUCUGGCAGAGUUCUUUCCUGAGGAAAUGACUGAAAAUUUGUCAUAAUAGUGAAUGAAAUAUUCCUAAGCUAAUGUUAUCCCUACUGGAAUAUCAGCAUGAGUAAAAGAAGGGGUUACAUGUAUUGAAUAUAAAACCUACUAUAAAUUUUGUAUGUAAGAAUGUAUUUUGCAACCUUCCACUUUCACCUCUAGUCAAUUUUUAAUUCAAUUUAGCUCUAUUUACAAACCUCCUGUUUAUAAUUUUGUGACACAGUUUUAUAUUUUUGUUGCUCUGUAAGCAUGGGUUAAUUUGAUGAUCCCUAUUUACUAGACUAUAAUGCAGACCACUCAUUCAGAUAUUUGUCAAACCUAAACGUUUUUUGUAUUUACUUAUGUAAUAUAUAGUGUAUUCUUAUUUUUUAAUGUAAAAAUUGAAAUUUGGGCCUUAUACACUAAUGCCAGAUUUUAAUAUACUCCUCAUUUUUUCUUCUAUUAUAGUGUCAACAUGAUCAGCUCUUUAUCUGUAUAUUUUAUAAGAAAAAUUUAGAUGAAGUAGA